CAACCCCUCAAGUCCCCACUCGCAGAGGUAGACGCAACAGCAAACAUGGCUGCACCAUCUCCCAACAUCAAAUGGGCCGUUGCGACCGUCUCCCUCGGCAAGCACGCGUCGCACACCCUGGACCGUAAGCUCGCGGCAGCCGCCAAGUUCGGUUUCCAAGGGAUCGAGCUCGUCUACGCCGACCUCAUGGGCUACGCGGCCCAGAACCAGCUGCCCCCACUACAGGCUGCGGAACAGAUCGGCGCACUCUGCAAGCAGCUCGGGCUGCAGAUCCUCAGCCUCAACCCGCUCAAGAACUUCGAGGGCAACCUCACCGUCCCGCUCACCGAGCGCCUCGCGCAAGCCGCGGAGUGGGUCGACCUCGCCGCCGCAGCCGGCGCGCACAGCGUACAGGUGCCGUCGCAGUUCGCGCCGCACUCGACGGGCGACUUCGCGGUCAUCGUCCCCGAGCUGCGCGCGCUCGCGGACCUCGCCGCCGCGCGCGGCGUGGGCGUCGCCUACGAGGCGGUCGCGUUCGCCGCGCACCACGCGACGUGGCAGGACAGCCUGCGCAUCGCGACCGCCGUCGGGCGCGCGGGCUUCGGCCUCUGCCUCGAC